UCUAUGGGUUUGUGUUUGUACCAAAAAACCAAAACAACAAGGAAGCACAACGUACUCGGGACAUGCGGCCUUUAAAUUGCCGGAAGAAGAAUCGACGUACUCUUGGUCCAGCCCAAGGGUAAAGGAUUACCGGACAUUGUAACUAGGUCCAACCAGACUAAUAAUUCUUGGGUCGGCUUUAAGGGCUCAUUUUCGACCCCAUCAUGGCUGAAAACCCGGAUUUGAGCGCCACCUUGACCGCCAUUCAGCAGGUCCUAGCCCAACACACGAAACUCUUGGGAGAAGUUGUCUCGAUCACAGGCCAUCGGAACCAGGAGGUUGCCCAGCCGUCGGAACCGCCCAGAGACGCGUUAGAGAAGGCCUGCCAGGCCCUAGCUAAAGGCCAGACUUCGCUCCAAAGUAAACUGGACACCGUGGUGCGACAAUUGGACAGCGUGAGCGAUGCUCAAAAGGCCAUGCAGAGGACCUUGCAACAAGUGGUUAAAGCUCAAUCCACCGGGGCCAGAGGUCCAAGCCCACUAGAAUCCAAUGGUCAGAGCUCCACGCCGUUAUCGGGCCCUUCUCACGCCACGGUAUCGGGCGUGGCCAAUAGUUGGGCCCACAAUCUGUUCCUCUUAGGCGAUGAAGUCUGGAUGAGUUUGCAUUCCGCCCCCGAGGUCCAAGCCGAGAUUCGCGAUUUGGGCCCGUCCCAAAACCUGCGCAUUAAUUGCCGAAAGGGUGAGAGUCUGGUGCGGUUGUACGAUCGGCAACGCCGCAAGAUCUUGUUUGCCUUGCCACCGCGCACGAGCCACGUGGCCUUGUCCAUAGGCUCGGCCGACUUGCUCUCUGGAGAUCUCCUCACGCUCCAAGAGGCCAGUUUGGAAGAGGUUCGCCGACGGAAUGAGCCCAAACUACGAGAUUUGGCUCGACACGCUUUGGAAUUGGCUACCGGUCUGGUGGGUCAACGGAAAUCUGUGUCCAUUCUCCUCCCACCCCAAGGCAGCCAUCGCAUUGAGAUCUUCAAGCACUGGGAAGACAUACUGCUACGUGAAGUUGACAAUCUGAAAGAGCCUCGACUCACGAUUCUGAAUUUACCCGUGGUGAUGCGGGCCACGUUGACGGAUUUUCCGUCCCACGCUGACUUUAUUCAGGCCUGGUUUCGGAAUCCCCAAGCCAACCUCCUGUCCGAUUUUGGCGCUCGCCGGCUUUUUGAUCUACUUAAACGAACUUGUAGCCCGGGUUCCGUUCCUACGGUGAUGGCCAACAACAGACGUAAAUCUGAAACCAGUGUCGAAUGCUUGCGAUGCCUCCGCCAUCAUAUUGGCGGUGAAGGGGCCUGUCAGAGCAAAGAACGGGUGUGUCGACGAUGUGGAGAAAUGGGCCAUUUUGCAGAUGUCCAUGAUGUGACAGACGAGACCUUGCAAGAGAGAAUCACCGAGGUGAUUGCUAUCAACCUCUUCCCGGUAACCCGAGUUGGAUCCAAGCGAGGGGGCGACGGGCUAACCAAUUUGUCCGCUGGCAAACGCCUCAAGCCUGACGAGGAUGUUCGGCCUUGGCAAGCUUGCUCUCGGAUUCUGGACGAUUGGUAUCAAUAACAAUUCAUAACUGGAGCUGGGUCUCUCCUUUAAUAAUAAAAAUAGUAUUAUGAGAUCAA